CUUCCGGGUAAUAUUCCUGGGUCUAGUGGUGUCGAGAGAUUAUAUUAUUGUCUCGAUGUUUUCGUGAAAAUCAAUCGACAGGCAGUUGGAUGAAGUUACAAGAUGUCACACCGCUACAGAAGAAUGCAAUCUGACAUGAAAUGCGUCGUUGACGCGUGUAGAGCGGAUUCGACGUGUCCGUUUAGCGAUUUUGAAAAAAAUGAAAACACAUUUAUCUUCACGUACAAGAGGGAUGAGAAAAAAAUUUCAUUUACAUUACACAUGUCUGAUGACUAUCCAGAUAAUACAAUGUUGUUGACAUCAGACAAUCCAAACGAACCAAAAAUAAAAAAUCAGAGGAUACCUUACAUAUUUACUGAGCUGGCUGCAGGCUUGUGGAAAACUUUUGAUGUUUCCUUACCGUCUUUGCUUUCAAAUGAUGUAAGCAUGGAGUCACAAGAAGAAGAAAGACGACCUGAAUAUGUUACAAUGGAAUCACAAGACAGUCAUUAUAGCGACUGCGUUGAGGACACUGAUGAUUUGUACGACUACGAAGAAGAUUUUGAAGCUGAGGUAUAUGUCAGUGAGGAAGAUGAGGAGAUAAACACAAAUCCAGUUUUAUCGUUGGAUAUCGAACAAGUCCGAAUGAAAUUUGGAGACCAAGCUAUAAAUACUAGAACAUUUGGUGCUAUUGAUGACAUUGAUGUGGAGCUCAAUAUUGAUGUCUCAUUUCUUGAUGAGGAGAUAUCGAUUGCAUGGAAAGUGAAUCGUAAUGAACCGGUGGUUGUCAGAUUACAUUGUUCUUUGUCACGGUAUUUAGAUGCCACAGAACCAAAAAUAGAAGUAUUUCAACCGUCAAAUAAAGAAAAAUUUGGUCUUGGUGCUCAACUCAAAAAAAUUUUAGAGGCUUUCAUCUCAUCUCGGUGGAAAGAGCUCAACAAUGAAAUAGUGCAAACUAAACAUGACUGUGACAUGUGCGAUGACUGUGACAUGUGCGAUGACUGUGACAUGUACGAUGACUGUGCUAUGCACGGUGACUGUGACAUGUGCAAUGACUGUGCCAUGUGCGAUGACUGUGACAUGUGCGAUGACUGUGACAUGUGCGAUGACUGUGACAUGUGCGAUGACUGUGACAUGUGCUAUGACUGUGACAUGUGCGAUGACUGUGCUAUGCACGGUGACUGUGACAUGUGCGAUGACUGUGCUAUGCACAGUGACUGUGACAUGUGCGAUGACUGUGACAUGUACGAUGACUGUGCUAUGCACGGUGACUGUGACAUGUGCGAUGAAUGUGCCAUGUGUGAUGACUGUGACAUGUGCGAUGACUGUGACAUGUGCGAUGACUGUGACAUUUUAUCCAUUGAUGACUCCAUGAUUUCCAAGGUAACUGACAUGGGAUUCAGUGUGGAGGUGGCACGCAAAGCACUCAUAGUAACCAGAAAUAACAUUGACGAAGCUGUGAAUUUACUACUUAAUCAACCAGAAAGUAUAAUUGAUGUGCAGAUUCCUCUUGAACAAAGUGGAAGUAAAAAAUCGAAGACAAAGUUGUUUUCACGACAGAAAUCGGUGCCAACAGGUGGUUUGCCCGAUCCACCGAUGAUGAUGAGCCACGACGGUAUACACUUGUUACCCUCAUUAACGCAAAAAAAGAAUUUUAAUCGAGUGAUGAAGGCUUUGGACAGUUUUAUAUCCGUUCGAGAAAUGACGCAGAUUGCCAGCUCCAUGGAUAUGAAAAAGAAGAUGGAUAAAGAGGAUUAUAUGGCAUAUCCAUUAUUUCAGUGGGUGAUAUCAAGUAAUCGGUCACAUAUUGUGAAAUUACCUGAAUGUAGACAAAUAAAAUUUAUGCACACACCACACCAGUUUUUACUACUAAGUAGUCCUCCUGCUAAAGAGGUUGCCUUCAGAGCUGCUAAAAAAGAAUUUGGCAGUGUCUUUGCAUUCCAUGGAUCGGAUAUUGAGAAUUGGCAUUCCAUUAUGAGGCAUGGUCUUAUUAACGCCUCUGGUACCAAGCACCAGCUGCAUGGAUGUGCUUAUGGUAAAGGUAUUUAUCUCAGUCCUAAUGCCAGUGUGUCGUUUGGUUACUCCGGCAUGGGUCAUGGAUAUCAUCGACCAAUCGGUGGUGUUGGUAGGAAAGCACCGCCUAAUGCAGCCACCCAACCAAAGACGAAAGGAAAGAUAAUUUGUUCUAAAGAUAUUCGUAAAAAUGGCAAUAUUUGGGUGUGCCCGAAUCAGGAGCAUGUUACAACAAGAUUCUUUUUUGUAUAUGAAGAUGGACAAGUUGGGGAUUCCUCUGUGGAUACUGGAGUGGAAAAAUACCAGAAAGAAAUUCUGAAAGCGAUUGGAAAUCAGACAUAUGACAGCUGA